GUUGCACGAAACAGGCCACAAAGGAGAAUGGUUAGCGCUAAACGGAAUCAUUGGGACGUCAUAACCUAAACCCUAACCUUAACCCCUACCCUUACUCUAACCUUAACCCUUACCAUUUUAAAUUUCAACUUCAAUGGGGUGACGUCAGAGUUGUGACGUCCCAGGGAUACCAUACACCAAAUGAGAAUAGCAUGUGUUUGUAUUACCGUUAGCUAGCUGUCAACAGCAAUAGAUAGGACGAAUUUGACUAUAUAACUACAUUUUAAUAAAAAAAAACGACAAUCGCGUGUUAAAUAUGCAAUAUCUCGUCGCAAGAUGUCUAAGGUAUGACGCUUUUAUCUUGUAUUUUCGCAAUAUGUUUUUGGCAAGCGAGCGAGCUAGCUAGAUGUAACUGUUAGCAAAGAACAGCAUGCUAGCUAGCUACAGUACCUAGCUCCAAAUCCAAUAAUUGACAUCGUUCAAGACUUCACGAGCUACACGUAUAAAACGUUAAUCUCUCUCCUCACAUGAUGAAAUCCCCCAUGACUAUUUUUGAAAGCAGUUUCAAGGCACAGUUGGGAGUAGGCUAUAACGCUAUAUUAUCUGUGGGCAUUACGGAUGUGUUAGCCUGAACUGGUGCCCAGCACGACUGUUCUGUACUCAGAUAUCGAAAGGUAUUCCUAUCUGUGAAGUAAUUUAGUGCUCAUUCAACCACAAAACAAGCAUGGAUACCUACGUAGCCAUCCAUGGCAAGAACAUAUCCCACAACCCCCUCUCCUCCACCCAAGCCAUGUCUAUCGACAAGCUCUUCCCGGCUCUCCUGGAGUGUUUUGGGAUCAUCCUGUGUGGAUACAUCGCCGGUAGGACCGACAUAAUCACCUCCUGUCAAGCUAAAGGACUGGGGAACUUUGUGUCUAAGUUCGCCCUUCCGGCGCUGCUCUUCAAGAACAUGGUUCUGUUGGACUUUAAUAAUGUGAUCUGGUCGUUCCUGUGGAGUAUCCUGAUAGCCAAGGUGUCGGUGUUCGUCCUGGUGUGUGUUCUGACGCUAUCCGUGGCCAGUCCAGAGAGCAGGUACAGCAAGGCAGGACUCUACUCCAUCUUCGCUACGCAGAGCAACGACUUCGCCCUGGGGUAUCCUAUUGUGGAGGCCCUGUACAGGAACACUUAUCCGGAGUACCUGCAGUACAUCUACCUGGUGGCUCCUGUCUCCCUGAUGUUGCUCAAUCCCAUAGGGUUUGCCUUCUGUGAGCUCCAGAAGUGGAAGGACCACCCAGAGAGACAGCAGGGGAAGUUGCAGAUCAUCGGAGUGGUGCUGCUGCAGGUACUGAAGAACCCGAUAGUGUUCAUGGUGGUGGUAGGGAUGGUUUCCCACUUUGCCCUGGGCCAGAGGAUCCCUGCUGUGAUGGAGGAGUUUGUGGACGGCCUGGCCAACUCCUUUGGAGGAGCAGCUCUCUUCUACCUGGGACUAUCUAUGGUGGGACAGGUGGGGAAGCUCACCAGGUCUACUGGAGUAACCCUUAUCCUCCUCAUCACUGCCAAACUGCUGGUGAUGCCUCUUCUCUGUAAGGACAUGCUGGACCUGCUAGACUCUACAGGUUACAACAGCAGCUGUCUGAACCACUCCAGCCUGUCUAACUAUGCCUUUCUCUACGGAGUGUUCCCUACUGCUCCCAGCGUAGCCAUCUACGCAUCACACUACAACAUGGAGCUGGAAGUGGUGACGUCAGGGAUGGUGAUCAGCACGUUCCUGUCUGCCCCCAUCAUGUACGUGUCAGCCUGGCUCCUGACCAUCCCCCUGAUGGACCCCAAGCCCCUGGUCACUGAGCUGCAGAACGUUAGCUUCAACAUCAGCAUCGUCAGCCUGGUCGCCCUGGUGUGGACCAUCGCUGUUAUUCUGCUCAGUAAGAAGUUCAAGAGGCUCCCACACAUGUUCGCUAUGAACCUCUUCCUCGCACAGUUCCUAGUUUGUGUCAGUAUGAUCCUGUGGAACUUCGUAGUGAAGCAGGAGGACAUCUUGGGACAGGUGUUGACAUUCACACUGCUCUAUGGAUCACUCUACAGUACAUAUGUCUGGACAGGUCUCAUUCCUCUCUGUUUGGUUCUGACCAAGAAGGACGAUCUGCUGAGGCUUCCACCUGGGGUCUUCAUGGUCUUCGGCUGGGGCAUCCCAUUCCUCAUCCUAGGAGGUCUGCUCCUGGCAGGAGAGAGGAUGCCUGAUACAAUAGACUCUGCAUUCUUCUAUGGCAGGGCUCAGAUCAUCAGUACUGCAGUUGUAGUCUCCUGCAGCAUCUUGGUGGGUGGUUUCUCUCUGAUGGGUCUCAGCCAGAGCACCAAGGAGAACCAGAACUACCAAGCCCUGGAGAGAGCCUCCAUCACGGGUACUAUAGAGGACCUGAGGUCCCCUGGACACCAGGAUGACCAGACCCCCCCACUGGAGCCCUCACCACCUGAGACCAGCAACAACAGAGACUGUUGUAGUUGUACCCAGCCCAUGGCAGACAGGAUGGUCAGCGCCACCAGGAACCACACUCCCACCUCUCCAACAGGCCAGGGUGGGGUGCUGUGUGAAACCCAGCAGCAGCAGUCUAGUCCACCGGUCCAGGAUGACAGACAGCUGGUCAGACACGUACUGUUGUCUCUACUCCUCAUAGUCUCCCUGCUGGCUAACCUGUCCAGUUGUCUAUGGUGGUUGUUCAACCAGGACCCUGGUAGACUGUACCUGGAGCUGCAGUUCUUCUGUGCUGUGGCCAACUAUGGACAGGGCUUCAUUUCGUUCGGUAUCUUUGGCCUGGACAGGCAUCUGAUCAUUCUGCCGUUCAAGAAGAGGUUAGUGAGCCUGUGGCGGGGCAGGGAGAGUGAGGAGCCCCCCUCGGUGGUUCCAGAGGAGAUCAGGCUGGCCUGCACUCAGUUUGUCCGCUAUCAUAAAGACCAGUGUGUUCAGGACAUAGUGCCCAUCAGAAGGUGUGAGGGAGAGAGGGUUCAGGUUCAGGAGAGCUCCAGGGAGAGACCUGGUCAGGGGACUUAUCCUCCAUCCCAGGCCCAGACUAAGGCCACUUUCCUGGGCAGUGAUCUGGUGGACUGGCUGGUGAGGGUGGGUCUGGCCCGGGACAGAGGGGAAGCCCAGCUUUAUGGGGCUCAGCUCCAGCAAGGAGGGAUACUGCAACACCUCACACACCAGUUUGGCUUCAGGGACGACACCCUCCUACACUACUGCUUCACUGAGAGGAGCUGGACGCCACCGAUGGAGAGGAACAGCAGUAUGUCCCCCGUGGCCAUGUAACGUUCCCGGGGAGGGGGAGAACGGGGGAGAACGGGGGAGGAAGGGUGUAUCACUAUUCAGCAGUGUUGUUGUCAAGUCACUAAACCUUGACUCCUAAGUCCUGGAUUUGAAUAUUACAACACUGCUAUUCAGUAAGAUGAAACGUUCAGAAAGUUGCAGCUGGAAAUGUAACGAGAUAGAGCUGACACGAUUUAGCGUUCCCAUUUCCAAAUAUCAUUCAGACAAUCAUAUCUGUUCUAUGUGAUACAUUUCUAUCUGAACAUUUCUGUAACGUUUGCGCCCUCCUGAAUGGACCCCAGAAGAGAGAAAGAUGGUGUUUCCAGGCUCUGGUCAAUAGUAGUGCACUAUGUAGGGAAUAGGAUACCAUUUGGGAAGCAUGAAGUGACAGCGGCCACUUGAGUCAGCCACUAUCCCAGCUGAACCAAUCAGAUCCACACCCUUAACCAGCUCCGGGAUUUCAUACAGACUUCUUUGCAUGACAUUAAGAAGUCUGCGCUGGCUAAAAUGAGACUAUUCAACUAUUUAAUAUGCAACUGAACUGCCGUGUUGUUUUGUAAGACUACUGUUGUAAUGUACUUGAAAGUCAUGAAGGUUUAAAUGUUUUUUCCCCCACUAUGUUAUGUUACCAGUACUAUCACUCUAUCUGGCUCAACUUGAGGUACAGCAGAUCUAUGACACGUCAUUUCAAAGCGAGAGGUGAGGCCUUGAAAACCACCUUGUAGAUCAUCGCUGAUUCAGUUUUUAAAGGCUAUGCAUUGACAUUGUUUCCUGGAACACAUGCCCUGCCUGGUUAAGUAUGUAUGCCCAAAUAGACAGCGUGUCCACGUUCUGUGUGGAACACAAGUGUAGAAGUGUAUGUUUCUGGUGCUCAUGUUAUGCCAAUAAUGAUCAUUCAUAUGCAUUGCUAUUUAUUGUUCCGAAUAUCAUGUCACCAUACUCUGGUAUGUUGUCCUCCUGAUGAGGUUUUAUCAAUGUGAUACAAAUGUCUUUGUGUAUUAACAAGCAGGCUUAGUGAGUUUUUGCACUUAACACUGAAUGAUCUUGUUUAAAUUACUCCUCACAU